UGCACAUGCACAUGUAUCAACAUGGACAUGCUCCGCUCCUUCUUUUUCCUUUCCUUCUUUCUUUUCUCCUCCUUCUCCUUUAUCGUCCAUUCCUCACUCCUCCUCCACCCGUCACUCCGCACUUCCCUCCUCUCCGUCCCCCCCUCUCCCUCCGUACAUACAUGAAGACAACUGGGUCUGUUGAGUCAGCAUCGCUGUACGAUCAUGAUACUGCUGUGCUCGAGAAGCUAGGCUACAAGCAGUCGCUCGAUCGGUCGCUCAGUGCAUUCAGCACCUUUGGCAUCACCUUCUCAUGUCUGUCCAUCCUCUCGGGCCUGACACCGCUCUAUGGGAAUGCCCUGCAGUCUGGAGGACCUGUCACGGUUGUUUGGGGAUGGCUGGUGGUUAGUCUGUUCACGUUGGCGAUUGGAUUGUCCCUGGCCGAGAUCUGCUCUGCGUACCCGACGACUGGAGGACUCUACUUUUGGACGAUCAAGAUCUUGGAGGGUCGGGUCAUCAACGGAGUGAGGGUCGGGAGCCCGGAUUGGGUCCCCCUGGCGUCCUGGAUCGUCGGAUAUACCAACUGGCUGGGCUUGUGUGUGGCCAUCGCUAGUACGGACCUUGCUAUGGCCCAGUUCCUGGCCUCGAUGAUCGCAAUGACUUCAGGAUACAACGCCAACACCUAUGUCAUCUUUGCUAUCUACGUCGGCAUCAUCAUCCUCCACGGCCUCGUCAAUUCGCUGGCCAUCCGCUUGAACGGAUUCUUCAACAUCCUCUCUGUCUGGUGGCAUGUUCUCGGAACAGUCCUGAUUGUCGUCGUCGUUGUCGCCACCACCCCCGAGAAACAAUCCGCCGCAUUCGUGUUCACGGAAUGGCAAAACAACACGGGAUGGUCCUCUGGAUUCUACGUCUUCAUGCUGGGUCUCCUUCAAUCCCAAUACACCUUGUCCGGAUACGACAGCGCAGCCCAUAUGAGUGAGGAGACCAAGAACGCACAGCAGGGAGGCCCCUGGGGCAUCAUCCGUGCGAUCAUCACGGCCUCGGCGGUCGGAUGGUUCUUCCUGGUCGGAAUCACCUUUUGCAUCACCAAUUUCGAGGACCAGAUCGUCAACCCGACCGUCGGUGUCUCGUUGAGUCAGAUCUUCUUGGAUUCUGCAGGUCAGACCUGGGCGAUCAUCCUGAUCCUGGUCAUUUUGGGGGCGCAGUUCUUCUGUGGGAGCGCCCUCACAUUGGCGUCCUCACGCAUGGUCUUUGCAUUCGCACGCGAUGGCGCCCUGCCACUUUCGAAACACCUCCACCGACUCAAUAAGGACAAGAGCCCUGUGGCCGCAGUGUGGUUCAACAUUGCGUUCUGUUUCAUUUUGGGUAUGCCUUACAUCUGGUCAGAAACCGCGUACUCGGCCAUUGUGUCCGUGAACACGAUCGCAUCAUCGAUUUCGUACCUGAUUCCGAUCCUGUGUCGGAUCGUCCUGGCCAGACACACCUUUGAGCCCGGUCCAUUCCACCUGGGUAAGCUCUCGAUCCCGAUCGGGAUGGUUUCCUCGGUCUGGAUCGUCAUCACCUCCGCACUGUUCCUCUGCCCGACAGAGGCCCCUGUCACGGUCGAGAACAUGAAUUUCGCAGCGGUCCCGUUCGUGGUCGUGAUCGGACUCUGUUCACUGUACUUUGCGAUCUGGGGUAGACAUUGGUUUAAACCUGGAGGCACGCGUGUUCUGGACAUAGACAUGGGCACGGUUAUGGGAAUGGAUACGGAUACGGAUAUGAGGAUGGUGGAUGGUGGUAGCUUAAAGAAGGAAGGGGAGGAUGUGGCCCAACGGUCCAUUACGGACUCGCAGACUGAGAAGGGACACCCUGAAGAACUCGGGGUGUAAGGGUUGCUUUCGUAGACACUGGAGAGGGAGGGACGCACUGACCCUGGGGAAAAAAGCUAAGCAAAAAUGAAGAUGAUAAGAUCUAUCCAAUCAGAAGCCGCGAUAUGCAGAC